UUUCAUCUGAAAGAAAAGAAGCAACACCCCGUUCCCCAAUUCACCAACCAAAACAAAGAAACAAACGCAAACAUCUCAACAACACAAUGCCCAAAACAUCUUCCUUAGCUCUCACGCUCAUCUACGCCGCCACCAUUUUGGUGGCGAUGAGUUGGUCGCCGACCGCCGUAGCCGGAGGCCACCACCACCUCGGAAUGGGAUGGGUACCCACCUGCAAAGGCUCCAUCGCAGAGUGCCUUGAAAGGGAAGAAUUUGAGUUGGACUCGGAGAUCAACCGGCGCAUCUUAGCCACCACCAAGUAUAUAAGCUACGGUGCGCUGCAGAGGAACACAGUCCCUUGCUCUCGCCGUGGCGCCUCCUACUACAAUUGCCGACCUGGGGCACAGGCCAACCCUUACAACCGUGGCUGCAGUGCCAUUACAAGGUGCAGGAGCUAAUUUCUUUUUUUUUUUUUUUCUUUUUUUUCCAUUUCAAUUCAAAUGUGUUUUAUUGUUGUCAUAUAAAUUUGUUAUAGUAUACAUUAACUUUUCUGGUAAUCCAUUUUCGGGUUCCUCUUGUGAGAAUACACUGUUUCUUGAACACUAAUAAUGCUUUUGUUAGUUAUUUGAUU